GGUUGCAGUCAAGAACAGCCUGCUCCGUUCAUGUUGUAAAAAUUAGCGAACGUGUGACAUGUCAUAAUAUAAAAAUGAAUUGCGUCAAAUGAAAAUAGUUAAUAGCCGCAUUCGGUCCCGUGUCUGUUGCCAGGAUUCUGCUCAACAAGAUGGUGUCUUACAAGCUCUUGACACCUGAGGAUGUGUACUUCUCUGGCACCGCAUCUGCAGAGGAGCCAGUGGAAGAGUCAGCAGAGGACAAGCCCCCGGAGACUUUGCUGCUUGAAAAUAAGGCUGUGUGCUCCACCACCACCAGUUUCAUAGCCCUGGGCACCUUCCUUCUGGUGGUCUGCGGUGUCUGGCUGAUUGGCACCAUUUUUUGGUUGCAGAGUCCCAGCAGCCAGUUUCCGCACAGGCCUCCACCUCCUGGCACGGCCUCGACCAGCGGGCGAGGGCAGGGGGGCACAGUCCCUUCUCCAGAGUCCUGCAGCGCCAUCCCUGAGGCCUGGCGCUUCGACUGCUACCCGGAGAGAGGGGUGGUGGUGACGCGGGAGCUCUGCGAGGCGAGGAACUGCUGCUUCAUCCCGGCUUCCAUGGAGACGCUUCCCGCCAAGAACGGCGUGCCCUGGUGCUUUUACCCUCUGGGCUUCCCCACAUACACACUUGACGCUAUAAAUGAUACUGACCUUGGGUACACCGGGCAACUAACCAAGAAGGAGAAGACGUACUACCCCAAAGACAUUGAGACGCUCCAGCUAGAUGCCAACUUUGAAACGGACUCCAGGCUUCAUGUGAAGAUUACAGAUCCUUCUACCCCUCGUUUUGAAGUCCCCGUAACUGUUCCUAAUGCCACAGAGAAAGCUUCCAACCCUCUCUACAUAGUGGAAUUCUCAAAGAACCCCUUUGGCUUGAUAGUGAAAAGGGCUUCAACUGGCACUCUAUUAAUCAACACAACUGUGGCUCCACUGUUCUUCGCAGACCAGUUUCUGCAGGUGUCCACCUCCCUGCCAACACAGUAUGUGUAUGGGCUGGGGGAACAUCGAUCUUCCUUCCUCCAUGAUGUUGAGUGGAACACCCUGACCAUGUGGGCUCGAGAUGUUCCUCCCAUGGAACUGACUAACUUGUAUGGAGUUCAUCCAUUCUACCUGGGCCUGGAGCCAGGCGGGUCUGCUCAUGGGGUUUUUCUGUUAAACAGCAAUGCUAUGGAUGUUGUGCUCCAGCCAGGACCAGCCCUCACCUGGCGCACCAUUGGUGGAAUCUUGGACAUCUAUGUUUUCUUGGGUCCAGACCCCAGCUCUGUGGUGCAGCAGUACCUGGAGGUUGUAGGCUUCCCUGCGAUGCCAGUCUAUUGGGCUCUGGGCUACCACUUGUGCCGCUGGGGAUAUAAGUCGAGCAAUGGCACCUGGGAUGUUGUGAAGGCCAUGAGAAACUAUGGGAUACCCCAGGAUGUACAGUGGAAUGACAUUGACUACAUGGAUCGCUCUCUGGAUUUCACGUUUGACCCUCAGCAGUUUGCCACGCUCCCAGACAUGGUGAAAGACCUGCACAGUCACGGGCAGCGCUAUGUCAUGAUCCUGGAUCCAGGAAUCAGUAGCACUCAGGAAUCUGGCACAUACUGGCCCUAUGAUGAAGGGUUAAAGCGAGGCAUCUUCAUCAGUGAUUCAAGUGGACAAACUCUGAUUGGAAAGGUGUGGCCUGGUUUGACAGCCUUCCCUGAUUUUUCUGACCACGAGACACAUGAGUGGUGGUUUGAAAACCUCCAGAAGUUCCACGCCAAAGUACCCUUUGAUGGGCUGUGGAUUGACAUGAAUGAACCGUCAAAUUUCCUGGAUGGAUCACUGAAUGGCUGCCCCUCCAAUGACCUAGAGAACCCUCCUUAUACACCUGGGAUUCUCGAUGGCACACUGAGAUCAAAGACGCUCUGUGCUUCUGCACUCCAUAAAACAUCUGUGCACUAUAAUCUGCACAGUAUGUAUGGUCUGAUGGAGGCCAAGGCAUCUUCCUGUGCCUUGAAGAGGAUUUUGGGAAAGCGCCCCUUUGUCAUAUCACGCUCAAGCUUCCCCAGUCAGGGCCGUUAUUCAGGACACUGGCUGGGAGAUAACCGGAGCCAGUGGAAAGACCUGUACACCUCCAUCCCUGGCAUGCUGACAUUCAACAUCCUGGGUAUCCCUCUGGUUGGUGCAGACAUCUGUGGUUUCGGUGGCACCACUGAGGAGGAGCUGUGUGUGCGCUGGACACAGCUGGGCGCCUUCUACCCCUUUACCCGCAACCACAACUCCAUUGACGAGAAGGCCCAGGACCCCACGGCCUUCAGCCCCAUGGCCCGCACAGCCAUGAAGGAGGUGCUGCUGCUGCGAUACUCGCUCUUCCCACUCCUCUACACCCUCUUUCACCACGCCCACCUGGAGGGCCACACCGUCGCCCGACCCCUGCUCUUUGAGUUUCCAGAAGAUGUAAAGACGUAUGCAAUAGACAAGCAGUUCCUGUGGGGAAAGAGCUUGCUUGUGACUCCUGUAUUAGAGCCUGGUGUGGACUAUGUUGUUGGAUAUUUUCCCAAAGGGCUGUGGUAUGACAUCUACACGGGUGACUCCAUCAGGAGCAGUGGGGAAGAGAUUCGGCUGCAGGCCCCACUGGAUAAGAUCAACGUCCACCUCCGUGAGGGAGCGGUCAUUCCCACUCAGAGACCCAACACCACGCUGUGGGUGAGCAGCGGACAGCCCCUGCACCUCAUCUCCACCCUGACAGACGAAGGGACAGCUGAGGGGGACCUCUUCUGGGACGACGGGGAAAGCCUGGACACCUACGAAACAAACCAGUAUGCCUACAUAGUGUUCCGCGUUGCAAAGAAUACAAUGAUUUCAGAAGUUCUUCAUGAUAAUAUAGAGGCCAGCUACAUCACCGUGGAGACUGUGUCCUUUUUUGGAGUGAAGAAGGAGCCUUCUAAUGUGACUGUGAAUUCACAAGAUGCUGCAUUUACUUACAAAACCAACCAGGUGUUAACAGUGACAGAUCUUGGUCUCAACCUCAGCCAGAACUUUACAAUCAGCUGGACGUAGUGUUCCAAAAACAGUCUGAGGAUGUCUGCUCUUUUAUGUUGCUGGCACUGGAUACCUCUACUGCUUCUUUUGCUGUAACUUAAAAACAUUGUUUAUGUUCUUCUGUUUGAAAAUUGCCUGGCGAUUCAUGGAAGGUGCAGGUAUGGUGAAAAGUGCUGGUCAACCAGAAGCAUUUGAGAAAUGCAAGUAUUCUUGAAUUUAGUGUUGUAGGUCUUAUUACUCAGUCUAAGAUGAACAAUUAGUGUGUGUCGAACUAAUCAAGUACUAAUGGCUCGUUUGCCAGAAAUAUAGAGAUUUAAAAUAUUAGUAGAUUUUUGCUUGUGUUAAGUUUGGUCAUUUCAGUAAAAUACUUUUUGCAAAAUCAUAUUCCUUAUUUUACGAGCUAAUUGCACUAUUGAAGCCUACUAUGAUGGUGCAGUGGGAGAAAAUCUGAAUGUAAAAUCGAUUACUUAUUUCUGAACAUUAUUGCUUUGUUUCUGAAAAGCAUGUGGCUUUUGUAGUGAAUGCAUUUCUAUGAUUUGAACAAAAACCCCGAGGAUUAUGAAUGGAAAUACAGAAGCUCUAUUGUCUCCAUCUCAGCUUUUUCAGUUAUUGUAAUUACAUUGUGCCUUAAAACCAUCCAGCUGGGAUCCUGGUUUAGAUUAGCUUUAUUAUAGCAUAGCUUUUUGCUAAAGAAAAAAACACUCUUUGAGGGCACAUUCUAGGAAACACUGGUCUAUUAAUAUUGCAUUUAUGUUUUGAGGAGCUUUUUGAAACUGACCCGUCAGGAUUGGCUUGGCCAUAGCCUGAUGUAUAUGUGCAUUUUUUGCAAAUAUAUUCUUGUUGUGAUUAUAGAUGAUACCCUGCAAAGUUCAAUAUUCCAAAAGCUAUUUUAUAUUUUCAUUACC